CGAGCCCGGGACGCGCGCCGAAAGGCCCGGAUGGGCCGCGGCUUCCGGCGCGGCGCCCUCGGGCGGUAGGGGUCGCCGUUUCGCAGUUUCGGUGCCCCUGGUCCAGCUCGACCCCGCCGGGGGCAUGUGCGGGCUUGUGCUUCCAGAAGCAACAUGGAGCCGGAAGCCGAGCCUGAGGGGCAGCCCUGAGCCCUCCGGCCGAGGCCCUGCCGCUUCCCAGGUCAGGAGCCUCCUUCUCCGCACACAGCAGAUGUGCAACACCAGUAUGUCUGUGUCCGCUGAUGGUGCUGUGAGCACCUCACAGAUUCCAGCUUCUGAGCAAGAGACCCUGGUUAGACCAAAGCCAUUGCUUUCGAAGUUGUUAAAAUCUGUUGGUGCACAAAAAGACACUUAUACUAUGAAAGAGGUUAUAUUUUAUCUUGGCCAAUAUAUUAUGAAGAAGCGAUUAUAUGAUGAGAAGCAACAGCAUAUUGUAUAUUGUUCGAAUGAUCUUCUAGGGGAUUUGUUUGGAGUGCCAAGUUUCUCUGUGAAAGAACACAGGAAAAUAUACACAAUGAUCUACAGAAACUUGGUAAUAGUCAAUCAGGCGGAACCAUCAGAUUCAGGCACAUCUGUGAGUGAAAACAGAGGUCACCUUGAAGGUGGGAGUGAUCAAAAGGACUCUGUACAAGAGCUGCAGGAAGAGAAACCUUCAUCUUCAGAUUUGGUUUCUAGACCAUCUACCUCAUCAAGAAGGAGAACAAUUAGUGAGACAGAAGAAAACUCAGAGGAAUUACCUGGUGAACGUCAAAGAAAGCGCCACAGAUCUGAUAGUAUUUCCUUUUCCUUUGAUGAAAGCCUCGCUCUGUGUAUGAUAAGGGAGAUACGCUGUGAAAGAAGCAAUAGCAGUGAAUCAACAGGGACUUCGUCAAAUCCGGAUCUUGAUGCUGGUGUAAGUGAACCAUCAGGUGAUUGGUUGGAUCAAGAUUCGGUUUCAGAUCGAUUCAGUGUAGAAUUUGAAGUUGAGUCUUUGAAUUCGGAAGAUUAUAACCUCAGUGAAGAAGCACAAGAACUCUCAGAUGAAGAUGAUGAGGUAUAUCAAGUUACUGUGUAUCACGCAGGGGAGAGUGAUACGGACUCAUUUGAAGCUGAUCCUGAAAUUUCCUUAGCUGACUAUUGGAAGUGUACUUCAUGCAAUGAAAUGAAUCCUCCCCUGCCAUCACAUUGCAACAGAUGUUGGGCCCUUCGUGAGAAUUGGCUUCCUGAAGACAAAGGGAAAGAAAAAGGAAAAGGAAGCAUGCCUGAGGAAACCAAACUAGAAAACUCAACACAAGUAGAAGAGGGCUUUGAUGUCCCUGAUUGUAAAAAAAGUACAGUGAAUGAUUCCCAAGAAUCAUGUUUUGAGGAAAAUCAUGAAGAGAUCACCCAAGCCUCCCAAUCCCAAGAAAGUGAGGACUAUUCUCAGCCAUCAACUUCUGGUAGCAUCAUUUAUAGCAGCCAAGAAGAUGUCAAAGAGUAUGAGAGGGAAGAAACACAAGACAAAGAAAGUGUGGAAUCUAAUUUUCCCAAUAAUGCCAUUGAACCUUGUGUGAUUUGCCAAGGCCGACCUAAAAAUGGUUGCAUCGUCCAUGGCAAAACAGGACAUCUUAUGGCAUGCUUUACGUGUGCAAAAAAGCUAAAAAAAAGAAAUAAGCCCUGUCCAGUGUGUAGACAACCAAUUCAAAUGAUUGUGCUAACUUAUUUCUCCUAGUUGACCUACCUAUAAAAGUAGAAUUAUAUAAUAAAGAGGUAAUAUGCAAAUGGUCAUUACGCCGUAACACAGGGCAGCGAGCUACAAGUGUGGAGAGCUACAGGAGGGUGAGGCAGCAAGCUACCUGUGGUGGAGAACUGAGCGGUGGUGGGCCGCAGCCACCUGAGGCAAGCAGCAUCGAGCUACUCACACAUGGAUUUGUGCACAGGACCACUAGUAUAAUUCUAACUAUAUAACUAAAAAUUUAGAGUGAAAUAUUUUUUUACAUGUAUAAAAACAAAUUAUAGUACAUGUAGGUUUGUUUUGUGUAAUUUCUCUACUUUGCAAGUGGGAAAAUUUCACUUCUGUUUAUAUUUUAUAUUUAAGUUUUAAUGUAAUUUUAACUGAAUAUAUAGCUCAUUCUUUACCCUUGGCCUUCAUUUUAAUAAUAAUUUCUUUCUCUUAAAUGAGAAGUUUCUGAAUUAGAAAUAGUGAAUUGUCCUGGAAGGGAUGUAGCCUGGACGCAGGAAGGAGAGUUAAGGUUAACUAGCCACGUGCCAUUUGUCGGCAUGAAAAGUCCCUAUUGUAAUUUCUUUGCGUCAUCUACAAAACUACAUUUUUGAGGCCAAGAACUUCUGGGAUACACUUAUAGGUGCUCAGUAAGAAUUUAUUUAUUUAUUAA